GCAUUCUGUAACCAAAACAACAUGGCGGAUUUUUAAUCGAUCGUUCCUGUAUGAUCAGAUAAAAACUAAAAACAUCGUGUUUUCUGCGGAUGAUGUGAAAUUUUCGUCCACAGAAACAUUUCGUAUUUUUAUAUGUGCUCUUCUUUGUGGUGUUUAAACCCAAGGGCAAAGGAGGUUUUGUGGGAAUUCGUAGUUUCAACAUUACAAUGGAGAACCAGCACGGAUUAAAGAAAAACUAGUUGAAAAUGUUAGCUGGUGCUUACUCAAAAACAUACCAAUACUUGGAAAAGCAGCGUAUAGAACAGAUAAAACAACUAAAGACUGAUGAAGUGGGAGAUACUGUGGCCAGAGCAAAAAAGCUCUCAGUGGAGACAAACAAAAGGAGGAAGGCCCAAGCUACAAAGAGGAAAAUAGAACAACAAAGAGAGGAAAAAAGAAGACAACAUAUUUUGACUAAAAGAAGGGAGGAACAAAGGGAGGCCACUGAGAAAUAUCAACGAUCUCACGUUCCAUCAAGGCCACCAAGUGGUAGACCUACAAGUUCUAGGAAAAAUGCGCCUUCUCCAAGCCGAACAUUAGAUGAGACCUUGAGGCUGGUCAGAGGAAAUUCUAGUUUACAAAGACAGAACAGUGCAGGUUCCACUGGCAACCACUCGAGUCCCCGCCAGGUCUACAAUGAUGCUCUUAAUCGACCAUACUUUAAUAAAUAUUCCAACUUCCACUCACCAGUGAUUCAGAAUGACCGGACAAGAGUCAGUAGUUCACAGAAUAAACUGCACAACAGAAGCUUGAAAAACUUCAACAACAGCAAGAGCUUGUUUGAGCAGAAGCUGGAACAGCAGCAACAACAGCUGAUUGAUCAGCAGAAGAGGGCUUUCAAUGAAUUCAAUGAAGCAGUCCUGAAAGAAAUCAAUGAGGGAGAGAAUGAUGCAGAUGACAGUGUAAGUCUGUCCAGUGCAGAUAGUUUGGAUGAAUCUCAGGAUUCAAUGCAAAGAACUUUGCCAGGCUCAUCACAGCAAAACAAUCACUUCAGAAAUGAAGAAGUGAUCAACACAAAAUCCUCUUUACAGGACACCCAUCAAAGUGUCCGGGAUAUUUCGUUUCAUUUGAAUAGUGCCUAUGGACAAAAUCAUUUUGUGGGACAUCAAGAGAGAAAUGGGAAAAUCGAUUCUUAUGAUGUGGACCAAACACAGAUCAACAACAAUCUUGCUCCAAAUGGAGUUACCAGACAAGAGGUGCAUGUGGCUCAGAACACAGAAGUAAAAGACAGACCAAAAGUUCAGUUACGAGCUUGGUCCACACCGUCUCCUGUAGACUCCCAGCAUUCCUCAGUGUCAAAUGCUCACAUGACCAACAAUAAUCCAUACAGUUCAAGGCCAACCAUGACAGCUAUUACUUCAACAACAGCAUUUGAAAACAAAAAUUCACAACGAAGCUAUCCACAAAACAAUGGAUGGAAUGAUGAAAACCAGUUUAACAGGGUGUCUGAUAGAAAUACCAACGCAGAUGUUGCAACUGGUCGCCAAAAUCAAAAUUCAAAUGGUUAUAGUGAUACUGCAGAUUUAAGCACAAAUGCUCAGCUGAAGAGUGGUAAUGAUUUUAACAGAGGGUAUACCAAUGGUUACAUGUAUUCCUCAGAUAAUCCCAAAAGUGCUCAUCCCAAUAGCAGUGGAAAUAGAGGACUGGACACUGGUGCCAAUAAGCCUGUUGAAUUUCUUCAAACUGGCACACCUGAUAAUCCCGACAAAGUGACAAACCCUGACAGUGAGAAAGCAGGGAUCCCUACCCAGGAGUCGAGGCCAAGUCGAGUGCCCCGGCCAGUGAGUGCAGUGAGGAUUCAGAAAGUUAAAUACAAUGUGAUCCCACCUCCAUCUGCCAAUGAGGACAGUUUACAGGCACCAUGUGGUGUUCAGUCAACAGACAAGGUGGAAAGUGGAAAAAAUGGUGGAGUACAAAAAGUGGAGAUGGUUCCCAAACCACCUCAAGUCUUUAUCAAUACCACCUUAGGGGACAGGCCACAAGUCAAGCAAGUUACCCAAGUCAGAUUUGCAGCCAGUGUUGUGAAUGGGGGAGUUAAUAUGAACACUUAUGGUAAAAUGAAUGUGCAACCUCUUCCUAAUAAACCCAUGAUAGCUGGAAUUACAGAGAAAAAAGAAAAUCCUCCAUCUUCCACUGUGAUGAGGAAAGCCAAAGAUGAUUCUGACCUGAUGCUGAAAAAUCACACAGAGGCUAGGGAGGAAUGUUCAAAUUCAGGGGUCAGGGGCAUCCUGAAAAGACCUGGAUCCAAAUUAAAAAAGGCAGGGUCAACUGGCAGUGUCAAUAGCAUGGAUGUCAAGGACAGUAUAGAAAUUGCUCGUAUUCAAAUGCAUCACCAUCAUCCCAAGGAGAUACCAAGAAAAAAGAGUGUUCGAUUUGCAGACUUGCACUAUCCUAGUGAGGAAGAGGAAGAACCAGAACAAAACAAUGAAAAUUCAGAAGCCAAUGGACUUAACCAUUCAUCCAGACCCAUUUCAGCCAAAGUGAUCUCACAAUCAGCAAAGGCUCAAACCCAGAUUCCCCGGGCUAUGAGUGCUGGACAUCGGCCACAGAUAAAACACAAGUCAACCAUCCGACCCCAGGCGGCUGCUCACAUCAUAACCCAGAACAACUCACCAGCCUCAGCCAUGAUAAACGCCCAGAAGAUGACUGAUAAGAAAGUAACAGUGGUGAAUAACAACUUCAUGUCAAAGGUUCCAACUUCUUUAACCCCAGCAUAUACGGAAGCAACAGUGUACACAGUGCCUGGGGUGAUGAUGAAUUAUACCAAAGCAGCAUCUGGCACUUUGCCAAGGCAGGAGGAUUUUAAUUACAUUGGGAAAGAGACCAACUUCCAGAUGGCUCCCGGUUCGGACACUCCUGUUCAGCAUGCCAGCACACAGGGACCAGUUUUUGAUGAAAAUGGCAUGAGAAUUGAUAGAACUCCUACAGAUGAAGAAAUAAAUUUUUUAUGGGAGAAAGUUCGCACUUGUUUGAAUCGACCAACCACUCAAAAUCAGAACAUUCCAGUUUCAGAAAAUCAGAAAGUUUCUCAAACCCCUUUCGAACCAUCAAGACAGGCGGCAGUAUCUCAUCAGUAUAUCGAUGGAGCAGCGCUGAAUAAAAUCGUGGCAGCCAAUAGGACACAGCAGCAAACAUACACCCCCUCCAGUGGCACUCAGAGCACUGUAAAGAAUGGGGAACAGACAUAUGCCAGGAGAUACGGUCUUCUUCAACAGCGGAAACAGCAGAACCCGAACAGUCUGAACAAGGGGCCAGUUACCUCACAGAGACAGUUUGUCACAACCUACAAUGGACCUGUGUACAGCAACUCAGAACCCACACAGAACCCUGCAGCCUACCAAGCUCCACAAGAUGUUUCAGAGAGCAUGGCUGCCUUUUUGACAGCGGAACAGCUGGCCCAGCAUUCUAUGUCAGAGAGUCAGAUCCAGAAUGCCAUGGAUCAGGCCCAGAGGAAUCAACAGUUCAUUGUGGCCAAUAAACCAACACAAAAGAUUCCCUCCGCACUUUCGAUAGAAGAGCAAAGACUAUUAGACUCUUUGGAUCGUCUGAAUGAAAGACUGAAAAUCACAGAAUUUCCUGGAAAUUUGUUACAAGAGUCACCACAACCUCUUGUCCCUCAACCCGAUCCUCAGCAGUUUGUUUAUAUUGAUAUAGAAAAUGACUGUGAAUGUUAAAAUCAGGUUAUCUUAUUUUAUUUGAGGGAAACAAAAAGCAUAGAAGGAUGUGUUGCUAUAUUUGGAAAUAGGCUAUGUCUAGUAGAUUUGAAGGAAAUGCUUUAUUGAAUUCAACUAAAUUGUCUUGAUAUAUAACUUAAUCAACUAGCUACAUUGAUUUGUAAUAAAAGUUAAUGUAAAGCAUGAGAUGAAUUUGGUGAUGUACUGGUAUAAUCUUAAAGCAUGAAACUUUGGAUAUACAAUCAAAACUUUUAAAAAUAAUUAAUAUGGAUGUUCAUUUGUGUGAUUUUCAGCUUGGUGCUACAAAUAUAGACACUGUAAGCUAACUUACAACAGACUUUUAUUAUGGUAGUGGUCAAUAAAUACACCUGCGGUUUUGUGUUGUUCAAGUUUGUCACACAUUUUUGUUUAGCUUUUAGGUUAUUGUACAUUUUAUUGUAUGUUGCAAUAAAUUUUGCUUGCUAUAUUGUGGGAUAGUGGAAAUGUUGUGGGUCCGAGGUUAUCAUGAUUGGAAAGCCUCGGAAGUAUAAAGUGCCAUUUUGUUUGUAGCAUUCAACAAUUAAUGCAAAACCUGCUUUAGGAAUUUGAAAUCUUUUUUUUCAAACUCUAUAGUUUUUCUUUUCUUUCUUUCUUUCUUUUUUUUUUUGCCCUCAAAAUUAAUAAUCAGGUGGCAUAUUGUUUUGUUGGGGGGUUUUUUGUGCCCAACUUUACUCUUGUUGCAACUUUGAGAUUGAGAUUUCAUAUUUGGUGAACUUUGGUUAAGAUUCCAGAUGAAUGUGAAGGUCCGGUCAAAACUCGCAGUCAGAAGCCUUGUUAACCUUCUUGGGGGGGGCAUGGCAUUCUCAUUAUCUAAUGAGUUUGAAUUACUGGCAGAGCUCCAGAUAAUUUUUUACCACAAAGAGUAUUUACUCCCUGAUUUUCAAAUCAAUGAGUACUUUGCUUUUCAGAAAAAUUCUAAAGUGUAUUUUGUUAAUUUACUGAUUAUCAUUGCUGUUUUGCACGGAAGAUGUCACCAGAUAAAUGAUACUUCUUCCGUUAAACUUCAACUUUAUACUAAAAGGCCGCUCCAGCUAUUUACGGGGAAAAUCCUUUGCAGUUCUUUUUAUUAAAACUAUUCAUUGUUAUUGGGAAUUUGAUAUUGAUCAUUGAUGCAUUAAAUUUGAAUAUGUCAGACACUCAGUCACAUGAUUAUGAUCCAAUUCUGUAUAUCAUUCGUCCACGAUUGAUAAUACAAGUUUUUUUUCUGUACUUUCGACCGCACAAUAACUCUUUAAGAAAGAAAGUAUAACAAGUAGGCCUAUAUGAUAGUGUUUUGAGUUAACUCUUCCAAUUUUUCAAAAUUGUGAUUGUCAUCAAAACGUAUUUCAUAGCGCUAAAUAUCAUGUAUGAUCAUAUGAAUAGAUAAUUCAUAUUUAUAUCAUACUACAUGUAUCACAAAUACGCGGACUAAUACGCAUUACUUUGGGAGUGUAAAGCGUAUCUACAUUCGCUAAUGCGUAAUUGUACGCAUGAUUUUCAACUUAAAUGCGUAUUUGGUCAAAUUUAAUGAGUAUUUACGUUGAUACGCACCUUAUCUGGAGCUCUGAUUACUAGUAGUUAGAUUGUGAUAUUACAGGAAUAACAAUUCCAUAAGCAAACAUCAGGUUUUAAAUAAAUGUAAUUUUAAAAAAUGCAUGAUCUGCAUUAAUAAUCAUAAAUUUUCAAUGAUAAAAACUAGUUCUUCAUGUAAAAUAUAACAAAUAUUUGAAUUAUACUACCAUAUCUGCAACUGUUUUACACUUCUGAUAUCUCAUUAAGUUACUUAGCUAAACACUAAUACUGAUGACUAGGUUGAAUCUGUGUCAUGGUCAAGCUUUAGUUGCUGUAUUCUAUCUUGUGUGACCAACUUUAGAGUACUCACAAUAAAGAACUUUUGUGCACAAAAAUUAAUGCAGCCAUCAAAGGAAUGUUUAACAGGAGCCAAAUUUCAAAACCUUUCUGUUCCUUUUCCUCUUCUUGCUUCACAAGCAAAUUAAAAUGAAUUGCAUGGAUAAAGGCCAUUAAUAGAGGUAUACCUGGUUCAACAUGGGGCUUUAAUUACACUAGACAUGGAAUCAUAUCAUUAAAUUACUUUAAAACAUAACAAACUAACAACAUUAGAUAUACCAUAUUCAAGGACAUUUUAAAACACAAAAACUUUAAUUUGCAUGACAUAUAUAAUUAUAUUUAAGAAAUGUUGCAUGCUUUAUUGUAUGUUUAUUAAUUUAUUUUAAAUAUUACACAUACAUUACGCAUGCAUAUGUACAUGUAUCAGAAUAAAAAAACCCCAAUAAUUGUAUAUCAAUAAAGAAAAUUGUUGGAAGAAGGAUAUGAAUAUAAGUACCUGGUAUUUUAUUAUAUCACUUAUUGUUUUCAUAUUUGUGAUAAUUAAAUACAUGUGUCAUUUCAUUUCAGCAGACUGGGUCAUUUAAAGGGAAACAACCCUUGAAUUCACAGAAAAGACAAACAGAGAGUGCUCGGGGUGGAUAUCGAGGAGGAAUCAAACAACAGAUAUACAGAUAUCCAUAAAUUAAACAUUAUCACAUGUUAUAUCAGUACUGAUAUCUGUUAUAAGGACUGGUUAUACUGACAACAGAUAUCUGUUACAUCUGAUAUUCUAGUGAUACAGAAUGUUGUCUGCAUAAUCCGCUCAAUGGUUUACGGUGCUACAUUGUGAUGUUUAGGACGCAAUAAAUUUUAUGUUGAUGACAAUGAGAAGAAGUAGACAGUGUCUUUCUUGAUUAUAGAUCAUAAGUCUAGUUUAUGUUAUUGAGGUACAUGUACAUUUUAGUUUCCGUCCAGCGAAAUGUCAGUAAGUGUGCUUGUAUUUUUUAGAAUCUUAUUGAGAUACAUUUUAUUUCAUUAACCGUCCAACAAAAUACAGUUAAUAUGCUUGUAUUUUUAGUUUUCCAAUUGUUUUUUCAGGCAUGCAUUUUUUCACAGAGUUUAAUUGUUUUCAAAUAUUAUAUUUUUACAAUACACAUUCCACUUGCACAUGUUAUCAUAUCAAGUCACUUGCAUCCAUUUUAAUUCUGUACAGAACUGUAGCUCUAUAGAUUGGAUACAAAAUUGUGCUAUUUAGUAUAGACUUUGAUAUGUUUUAACACAUGUACAGUAUGUGAACAUUAUGCCACACAAAAAUCAAACUGCAAAAGUAGCUAACACAUAAUUGAUGUGUCUUGAAAUUUCAGUGAAAAAGUAUUUAUAGUUAACUUUACCGUUACUUGUGUAAAUUGUGGUAGAUACUGUGCUUGAUAUAUUAUUUAAAAAUGUUGGCAAUGUUCAUAAUUAUCAUUAUAAUUCAACAAUUUGAUAUAAACCAACAUUCCUUGGAAUAUAAACACAUGUUAAAAUCAUGUUUAGUUGUUUUUAGCCUGAAAUUCCUUGCACCUUUUCCAGUUUUUAUAUAGAGAAUACAUACACCUGUGUCUCUGUUUACAUUGAGAGUGUUAUAUGUUAUCAUAUAAAACGUAGUGUGUCAUUUGACAUAAUGGACAUUUCCCAUGCAUCUAUGUAUUCAGAACCAGAUGUUGAUGGCGGUACUGUAUUUGUCUCUCUCCUCGGUUGUGUUGUCCAUGAAGUCCCAGUAGUGUGACUUUUUUAUCGACCACAAGAGAAGCCUGAGGUUUCUGGUCAAGGUUUAGGGGACUAGGACUGCCACUAUAGAACUUAAUCAUUGGGAGUUGAUUCAAUAGUUCAAUAAACGCAAAAACACGUGAAUUUUUUGUUUAGAUAUAAGUUAAUGUGCCAAGUUGUGUGAGCUCAUUGUAUAGUACACGCUUUACAUAGUAGAAUUGUGCUCGAGCAAAUACUGACCUACAGUUAAAGUGUGGUUCAAAUUUAUAUGUUUUCUUCCAUCAGUUGUUAGAGUUUUUACUAAUGUAUUUUUAGUUAAAACAGAAUUUAUGUGAUUUCUGGAAAUCUGUUAAAUUCUUUUUUUUUUUUAUGCAAAUGAAUAUGUUAGAAGAUUUUUCAUGCUUUAAUUAAGGUACUUUCUAGAUUGUGUGUGUAUAUGUGCAUGCAUGUGUGUAUGCAAGUGAGAGAGAGAAAGAGAGAGAUCAUUCCUAUAAGUUAACUUUUGGUACGAUCAAUGAAAAAAAAAAAUUCAUAUGCAUUUAAGUUGAAAUAGUUUUAUUUGUCAUAAGUAAAUUGAAUUAGGCAGAGAGCUUGGUUGUGAUAAGUUUUUAAUACUCAGACUUUUAAGUAUAUCCUUUCAUGCUUAUGUGAGGGUAGAAUCUAGUCUCUAGCAAUAAUUUCCUUAUGUGUUUAUUUUACUUUAAAAGGGGAAUCACUGCAUUUUGUAAGUAAAGUAAUUUCAUAUAUGCAAAGUGACUGCACUGUAAUUAAUCAUGUAUUUUAAUGAUUGUUAAUAUGUGGACAUUCAUUUAUUGAAAUCUCAUUUCCAACUUUGCUUAUAAAUUUCAAAUGUACACAGUAAUGUUUAGUAUAUACAAGUAAUUGCAUUAAUAUCAAAUCUCAAUAUUGUUAAUGACAGAAUGUUAGUCCAUGUGGAACACACGAGGUAUCAAAUUUUACGUUUUAUGUAAAAUGGUUAUUAAAAAUUGAAUUCUUUAAUGUAUUGUUACAAUGCACUGUUAGAUUGAUGUAAUAAAAUAGAAAUGAUUUGUCAAUACAA